GCGCGGGCGCCGCGCGCCGCCCUCGGCGGCCCGCCGCUGGCCGGGCGGCCAUGGGGGAGCCGGGGGAGACGCUGCCCGCCACGCCGGCCGCCGCCAGAGGCCCCGGCGGCCCGGAGGAGGGGCGGUGGCCCCGCACGGCGGUGGGCUUCGCGACGCUGGCCAACCUGGGGAAGGGGUCGGAGAACCAGGAUUCGUACGUGGUGAGCGCGAACGGCUCCAAUUGCUUUGUGGGCGUGUUCGACGGGCACGGGCACCGCGGCAAGCGCAUUUCGGAGUUCGCGAAGGACACCCUCAGCAGGAACCUGAUGGACAGCAGCGACCUGCACACGAACCCCAGACUGGCGCUGGAGGAGGCCUACCAGGCUGCCCUGCAGGAAAGAGGUCCUGAGUUGGAGUGGUCCUGAGUUUUCGUCCUAGGCUGGGCGCUGUCGGAAACCGGCUCGGGAUGAAGAACUGGCGUUGGGGGAAGCCCCCCGACCCAGGAGAGCCCCUCUCCCCCCAAUGCCAAGCCAGGCCACGCAGCGAGACAUCGAGAGGCGGAGAGGCCUCGAGGCAACGGAGUCUGGCACCACUGCGGUGACCGCCUACCUGCACCGCGACCGGCUGCUCGUCGCGAACGUCGGGGACUCCCGCGCGGUGCUGGGACGCUGCGACGCGGAUGCCUCCGGCACCGUCCGCGCCGUAGAACUCUCGGUGGACCACAAGCCUUGCCGCGACGACGAGCGGAAGCGCGUCAUCGCAGCGGGAGGCCGGGUGGACCGGAGCAUUCUGCCGAUGCACACCGCCAGGGGCACCGUGCGUUGGGUACGCGUGGGGCCCGAGCGCGUGAUGACGAGGGAAGGCACGGGUGGCUUGGCCAUGUCCAGGUCCUUGGGCGACUUGCGACUGAGACCAGCGGUGAUCGCCGUCCCCGAUUUUCAGGAGAAGCGGUUGGACAGCCGCGACAAAGUCCUCGUCGUCGGCUCAGACGGCGUCUGGGACCACAUGAGCUCACAGGAAGUCGUAGAGAUCGCGGCGCGGCGCGAGAACCCUACCGCUGCCGCCAGGGAGAUCGCCGACUUCGCGAAGAAGAGGUGGCAGCAGGUGACCGAGGGCCAGGUCGUCGACGACAUCACCGCUAUCGUCGUCCGCUUCGACUUCGAUCACGGUGGCUCCAGAUCCUCGGCGACGCCCGGCGCCGGAGCGCGCCCCUCCAGCAGCGCCUGGCGCGCCCCGCUGCCCGACGCGGGCGGCGCGCGCCCCUCCAGCAGCGCCUCUCGCCGCAGUGGGGGGGGCCCCCGGCGUCGGGGCGGCGAGAGGUGUCUUCCUCCUCCUCCUCCUCCUCCUCCUCCUCCUCCUCCUCCUCCUCCUCCUCCUGCGCCUCCUCCUCCUCCUCCUCCUGAUCCUCCUCCUCCUCCUCCUCCUCCAGGGAGCGACCCAGGAUGA